AUGGCACGUGCCACAAAGGCUCCCAUGCCCGCCAAGCCGGUCCCACUCAAGACAAUCCACACAUAUCCUAGCAAAAACGGCAAUGCCUCGCUCAAUAUCUACUCGUACCCUCAGCGUGUCCCAACCUUCAUGGGCGGCAGCUAUGAGCGAGGAUGGGGCGCUCUAGCCGGUACGGUCGAUCUCAACGUCACCGAGCCAUCAGGUCAACGCAUCACCUCGAUCAAGUUAACGCUCACCGCAACACAGGUCACAACUAUACCAAAAACAGCCUCUGUCGAAGCACCCUCCGCCCUCGAUCGCAUGGCCAUCACCCAAGAGGAGACCAAGACAAAACAAGUUACGCUCCUGCAGCUCGAGCACAUCCUUUUCGAGCCACUCAAGACCGAGGUGGACAAGGACGCCUACCUCUUGCCUCAGGGCAAGCAUGUCUAUCCGUUCACAAUCCAGCUUCCGCUCGUCGGCAACAAGGACAAAAAAAAUCCACCACUUCUCCCGCCAUCGUGCGUCAUCGAACCUCUCAUUCAGGGCCCCAAUGACGCCGCGAUGCGUCAAAACUCUACCGGGCUGUUCGGCAGAAGCAAAGCGAACGGCAAAGACCAAGCACGUCCAGCAUGGGCCACAGUCAAGUAUCAGCUCAAGCUCACCGUGCAAAGAACCGGCUUGCUCAAACGCAAUGUCCGCAGCUAUGCGCCCUUUGUCUACUUACCUUCGCCACCCAUCUCGGCCACGUCCUUACUGCUUCAGCGACGGGCAACAGGAGCCAUAAUGGCAGCUAUCAUCCUACAACGACAAGGCGAUGGAUGCCAGUCGAUCGAGACCCCGCAGGAAUGGCGGCAACGAACCCUGUCCUUUCUCACCUCACCCAACGGCCCACAGAAGCUCGAACCGGAAAAGAAGGCUGGCUUUCUCUCGUCCUUCUUUGGUGGGUCCAAAAAGCAGGAAGUCGUGCACUGGCACGAAGCAUGGUCCUUCUCUAUGCCGAUGAGCGGCCGCUCCUCCUUUCCGCUCCGAUCCGCCAUCCCGUUCAUCGUGCGCUGCAACACCAACAAGCCCCUCGACCUCAGCACCUCUUCAUCUUUGACUUUCAGGCUGUACCGCAGGCUGCGACUGCUCACGGGUAAGAAACAGAAGCCCGUCGCCAUGCAGCAGGAACCUGUCGCUGAAGCUGCGCUGCGCUAUGCUGUCGAGUCACGUGGCGUUCAUCGCAUCAACGGCAUCAUUGCUUUACCGCCCAACUGUGUGCCUACGUUUGAGAUGCACAGCUGGUCGCUCGACUACUACGUUGCGGUCGUGCGUGUGCGCGAUGGCGCGGUUUUGCACAAGGAAGUGGUCAAUCUGGCAUGUCCGCCGCCCGUAGAGCCGAAGGAAGCGUACGGCCCGUAUGCGUCUGGUCUAGCUUAUAGGAACGCACAGCAAGCCGCUCAAAAGCGGCUGGAAUCGCCACCGUCGCCCGAGGAGUCUCCUCCGUUAGCACCGUACGUGUCGAGCCCCGUGAGCGCGUCACCUUCGCCGCCGUUGUCGCGUCAACGACCAAGUUUCAGCAGCAUGACGAGCUCCAGCUCCUCGAGCGCUCACGUCAGUAGCAGACUGCCCUCGGUGGCUCCAUCGUCCCGGUCAUUCCGGAGUAGCUCGACCGAUUCGACGCACUACGCGUCUGCGGCAAGCUCAGUUGGUCAAUCCAACAAAGGUGUUCCUGCUGCUGCUGCUGCGGCUUCGACAGCACCCAUGGGUCUUGCGGGUAUGGCGAAUCCCCCGCGCGCAUCUUCCGCAGGCGCGUCCGGCUCCGUCUACGCGCCCUACUCGAGCAACCUCGACCCCGUACGUGAGCGAAGCAGCACGCCCUCUUCUGCACGAGCGGUAUCGGUCGCGUCUGCCAAAGCUCGCGCUACGCAUGCGGACUCUAGCAUCAGCGUGCAUGACACGAGCGAUACGGCCUCCAUUGCGAGCAGCACACGCCGACGAGACAGGUACUCUUCACGAGGCGCCGCACACGUCCCCGAGCCCAGUUCCAACCGUCCGUCUGCUGACCAGCAUCCUCAUCUGCAGGAUCCAACGAUGUAUAUGCACACGCACGAAAAGGCGGGUCUUCUCGCAUCUACUGCGGCCACAAUCGCUUCGGGAAGCAGCACCGCUCGACGUGGACUCUUUGUCGCGAACGCAGACGAUCUGCCCAGCAUCCCCGCCACGGCGUCGUCGAGUGCACGCGAGCAUGCGAACGCGCUCGUGGGUGCACCAUCGUCAUCGUCCCGCAAACCAAGGAAUAAGCGCACUGCAAGGGAGCCUUCCAGUAAAGCUUCGACUUCGGCGCCGCACAGACGACCUGACGCCGGUACGGCUUCGGCGCGAAAUGCUCGCGACGCUGAUGCGCCACGUCCUUUACCCUCCCCAUCCGCCGGCGCAGCAGCCCCUCCACCUUCAGACCCAAUCCAGGACCUUCCGUCGCCGCCAGCAUUCGCCUCUCCGCAACAAACAACUCUGGUUGAUCCAGCCACCUUGCUUACUAACGAAGAUCUCAUGUACGGCGAAGACAUGGAGCUUGAUCUUCCUCCAAGCUAUUUUGAGGCUGUACACGGGGCCGAGGAAGAUGAAGACGACGGGUGA